UAAACAAACACAAAAAUGAAAGCCCAAAUAUGUCUCUUAUCUGUAGGUUUGUGCAUUACCAUGUCAAUAUCGGCUGGGUGCACGUCGAUGAAACGCAAGUAAGUAAUUAAAACCGUCCAACGAAGCUAACGUCAAUGCGAUCACAUCAGUCGGUCAGAGAUCCUUCGUCGUUUUUCUAGAGAUCGAUCGCCUCAGCUAUUGUUCUGAUUCCACCAAUAAAUCAUGGCUACUCGUGGUGAUGUAUCUUCUACUGAAGGACUUAUGUCAGCCUGGAAACUUCGUGAUUACGGCGGGAUUGAAAGUCUAGAAUUAGUGAAAGACCUGCCUAUCCCAAAACUAACUUCUUCAAAAGAUGUACUCGUUGAAGUGAAAGCUGCCUCAGUCAACGUUUUAGAUGCUUGGAUGCCAGAUGGAUAUGGUAAAGUGAUAUUUGAAACAUUUUUUCGAACUCACCUACCUGUCACUUUGGGGCGAGACUUUGCUGGGGUAGUUCGCGCAGUUGGAAAGGGAGUAACCGAGUUGAAACCAGGGGAUGAGGUUAUGGGUGUAGUUCCACCACAAUCUGGUACAGGAUCCCAUGCUCAAUUCGUAGUAGUUUCAGAUUCUAAUGUUGUCAUGAAACCAACGAACUUGACAAUGGUUGAAGCAGCAUCAAUUCCUUAUGCUGGCUUAACUGCUUGGUCUGGUUUGAGGAGUGUUGGUGGAUUAGGAGAAGUUUUAAAUGGCAAGGAUGUGCUCAUCAUGGGGGCUGCAGGUGGAAUCGGAUCUAUUGCUACCCAACUCUGCAAGAUUUGGGGAUCAAAGGUUGUCGCAACCUGUUCAACCGAUGCCAUUCCAAUCAUCAAAAACUUGGGAUCUGAUGACAUUAUUGAUUACAAAUCUCCGGAUGCCAACUCUAAGUUGCGAGCUCAUGGAGGAUUCCACGUGGUUCUCGACUGCACCGGUAAAUGGGAUGGCUACGACUACGACUUGUUGAAAUCUUGUGCUAAUGCAAAAUAUUUGACUCUCGUUCCUCCAAUUUUAAAAAAUUUCGAUAACUAUGGUGUCAUCGGAGGAAUUUUGAAGACUAUUUACGACCUCAUUGUCGCCAAUGCAUUGCUCAUCUUCCGAUUGAAAACCCAUCGUUGGGUCUUGUUUUCUCCGAAUUCGUCUGCUUUACGAAAACUUCGCGACUACGCUCAAAAUGAUCAGCUCAAGCCAUUGAUUGAUAGCGUUUUCACUUUCGAUCAACUAAAAGAAGCUUAUUAUAAACUGAAAGCCGGACAUGCUCGAGGUAAAAUUGUGAUUGAAAUGGUCUGAGAUAUACAGUCUAUUUUCGUAGGCUAAAAUCACUAUAAUCUUCGUUAUCUGAUAUUUGCUGGACCUUGCCUAGAUUUAUUAAUUACAGUAAAUACAAGUUUGUAAAAGGGAAAUGGUAUUUGUUUCAUAUUCAAUAACUAAAUAAAUUACCGCAUACGUGUAAGUUAUUGAAUAGUGUAUUAGAGCAGACUGAUUAUAUAUAGAUGAAUAUCAAGAAUGUUUAUAACAAGAUAAGUGAUCCAAAAUUCCUGUUGCGAGAAAAAGAAAAAAAAUUCGGUGAUAAAAUGUUGGGGCGGAAGAGCAUCUUCGUUUUGGCACUUUGUUCAGAAAAGGCGGAUCAUAUGGAGAGAAGUAACAGCGACCGA